AUGAUUAUUUCAAUUGUUAAUUAUUUGAUGAAAAGUUUAUCAAUAUUCCUACAAAUCUUCGCUAUUGCAGCUCUGAUAUUCUCAACAGUAUCCUUGAUUGGCUUGGACAGCGCGCCUGCAGUCGCCUUCCAAUCCAACUUCGACUGUCUCAAGUCAGCUGGAUAUUCAUUUGCCAAUGUGAGAGCAUUCUCAUUGGAAGGAAUCGAUCUUGACCUCAGCGUCAAGGACACCCUUAUCUACGCAAAGAGAGCAGGACUCAAGACAGAGCUUUUCAUUAGGCCUUGCAGAGGAAAAAGCGCAAAGUUGCAAAUUGAUGCAGUGGUGUUGGUGAUCGCUAAUCAAUACUAUGACAGAUUCUGGCUCUUCUUGGAGGAUAAUCCUAACCCUGGCUGCACUUGGGGCAACGACCAUAAAGCAAACUGCGAUUAUGUGAAGGAAAUGUUGGCACAACUCAAGUAUUUCCAAACACCAGCAGGCAUUCAAACCUCCGAUAGGUUCUAUCGUCAAAUCUUCGGCUCUCAAGGAUGCGACCUUUCCCAGUACCCUCUAAUCUAUUCCCACAAUGACGCAAGCCCUUCCUUUGAUGAUUAUACCGCUUUUGGAGGAUGGAGCGCACCUUAUGGAAAGGUCUUCCAAAACAACGUUACCUUAUGCAAUUUGACCAUAAGCAAGGUAUAUGAAAAAGAGUUUAAGUCAAGCAAUCUAUUAAUUGAAUGA